AACAACCUUUUUUCUUGCACUCCCAUUCUCUAUUCCCACCACACUCAGGGAAUUUCUCACUACGCGUUUUUCGAUUGCACUUCACCAUCGCAAGUUUGUUGUAGAGCGCGCACUCAGACAAGAUGGCCCCCGCCGUCGGUAUCGACUUGGGCACGACCUACUCGUGCGUCGGUGUCUUCCGCGAGGAUCGUUGCGAAAUCAUCGCCAACGACCAGGGUAACCGCACGACCCCGUCGUUCGUCGCCUUUACCGACACCGAGCGCCUUAUCGGCGAUGCCGCGAAGAACCAGGUCGCCAUGAACCCCCACAACACCGUUUUCGAUGCCAAGCGCCUGAUCGGCCGCAAGUUUGCCGAUCCCGAGGUCCAGGCCGACAUGAAGCACUUCCCCUUCAAGGUUGUCGAGCGCAAUGGCAAGCCCGUCAUUGAGGUCGAGUUCAAGGGCGAGAAGAAGACCUUCACGCCCGAGGAGAUCUCGUCCAUGGUCCUGACCAAGAUGCGCGAGACCGCUGAGUCCUACCUCGGUGGCACCGUCACCAACGCUGUCAUCACUGUUCCCGCCUACUUCAACGAUUCGCAGCGCCAGGCCACCAAGGAUGCUGGUCUCAUUGCCGGCCUGAACGUGCUCCGUAUCAUCAACGAGCCCACCGCGGCUGCCAUUGCCUACGGUCUCGACAAGAAGGUUGAUGGCGAGCGCAACGUCCUGAUCUUCGAUCUCGGUGGCGGUACCUUCGAUGUGUCGCUCCUGACCAUUGAGGAGGGCAUCUUCGAGGUCAAGUCGACUGCUGGUGACACCCACUUGGGCGGUGAGGACUUCGACAACCGCCUUGUGAACCACUUCGUCAACGAGUUCAAGCGGAAGUUCAAGAAGGACCUGUCGACCAAUGCCCGUGCUCUGCGCCGCCUUCGCACUGCCUGCGAGCGUGCCAAGCGCACCCUGUCGUCGUCUGCUCAGACCUCGAUUGAGAUCGACUCUCUCUUUGAGGGCAUCGACUUCUACACCUCCAUCACCCGUGCUCGCUUCGAGGAGCUCUGCCAGGAUCUCUUCCGCUCGACCCUGCAGCCGGUCGACCGCGUCCUGACGGAUGCCAAGAUCGACAAGUCCCAGGUCCACGAGAUCGUGCUUGUCGGUGGCUCGACCCGUAUCCCCCGUAUCCAGAAGCUCAUUACGGACUACUUCAACGGCAAGGAGCCCAACAAGUCGAUCAACCCUGAUGAAGCCGUUGCCUAUGGUGCCGCCGUCCAGGCCGCCAUCCUGUCUGGCGACACCACCUCGAAGUCGACCAACGAGAUCCUCCUUCUCGACGUUGCGCCUCUGUCGCUCGGUAUCGAGACCGCUGGUGGCAUGAUGACCAAGCUCAUCCCGCGCAACACCACUAUUCCGACCAAGAAGUCCGAGGUCUUCUCGACCUUCUCCGACAACCAGCCCGGUGUGCUCAUCCAGGUCUACGAGGGUGAGCGCCAGCGCACCAAGGACAACAACCUGCUCGGCAAGUUUGAGCUCACGGGCAUUCCGCCCGCUCCUCGCGGUGUCCCGCAGAUUGAGGUCACCUUCGACCUCGAUGCCAACGGUAUCAUGAACGUCUCGGCUCUCGAGAAGGGCACCGGCAAGACCAACCACAUUACCAUCACCAACGACAAGGGCCGCCUGUCCAAGGAGGAGAUUGAGCGCAUGCUUGCUGAGGCCGAGAAGUUCAAGGAGGAGGACGAGGCUGAGGCCCGCCGCGUCGCGGCCAAGAACGGCCUGGAGUCGUACGCCUACUCGCUGCGCAACACGCUCAACGACUCCAAGGUGGAUGAGAAGCUCGACGAGUCGGACAAGACCAAGCUCCGCUCCGAGAUUGACAAGAUCGUCAACUGGCUCGACGAGAACCAGCAGGCCACCCGCGAGGAGUAUGAGGAGCACCAGAAGGAGCUCGAGGCUGUCGCCAACCCGAUCAUGAUGAAGUUCUACGGCGCUGGCGGUGCUGGCGGCAUGCCCGGUGGCAUGCCCGGCGGUGCUCCUGGCGGCUUCCCGGGUGCGGGCGCUGGCGGCGGCCAUGACAACGACGGUCCGACUGUCGAGGAGGUCGACUAAACGGGCUGUUGCUGAUUGGCCGGGGUGGCGUUUCUGCUUUUCUUCGGAUGCGCUAGUAGAUUGGAUCCGCGUUCAACGAUGCGUGCGGGGAUGCGCUCUCCUCAUGGGACGCGGAGUAUCGGGAAAUGGGGUAACACCUAGAUCUGGUUUUCUCUUUUCCUCUCUUUUCAUGAUCAUGAUACAGGGGAAAAGUUAGGGAGGCUGCAUGGGCUGUACUUUAGUUACGAUUCCCGUUUUCCUUUGCGAUGAAUUCAAGGAACUGCUUUACACUGGUUGUGCUUUGCUUGGUGCGCUGCGACAGGUUAUGUGACAUGCAGACUGCUUUGCUACCUUAGUACCGUAGUGUUCUUUCGAUAGACUUGAUUUUGCUCGAUGGC